CCCCCCCCCCCCCCCCCCCCAGCGGAGCUCGGCCGAGCUAGCAGCGACGGAAAUAACAGCAGCAACAACACGGGCAGAUAAGAAGGGAGACGGCGCCAUGGAGCAAAUCAGCCCCCUGCUCGACCUACCAUCACCAGUCAGCUCCUACCACUAUCUGUAUGGGCAGGAGUCAGAGCAGUAUCUGGACGCGCACACGUCGGAUUCGCAAAGCCCCAUCAACUCGCAGUACGACAUGUCCUACCUGCAAGAUUUCGGAUUGGGAGAGGUGUACCCAAGCCCACCAGAGGCGGGCGAGGGAGAGGCGGAUUCGCCGACGAGCCACGACGGCUCGCCGACGGCGCCAAAGGCCCCCGCAAAGAGGAAACGGGAGAAUCGGUACAAGAACGCCCCGCCGUCUGUGCUUUCGCGCCGGCGAGCACAAAACAGGGCGUCGCAGCGGGCCUACCGCGAGCGCAAGGACCAGCGCAUAAAGGACCUCGAGCAGAUGCUGAGCGACUCCAAGCAGCGCAACGACGUCCUCAGCCAGGCCUACCAGGGCCUGCACGCCGAGUACGUCAAGCUCAAGACCGCCCAGCAGAUGUCGGCGGCGGCAGCAGCAGCAGCAGCAGCAGCAACAGAAGGGAGAGGAGAACAGCGCCAGCACCACCCCCACUGCCAACAGCACCAGCAGCAACAACAACAACACGCAGCAACGUCAACGUACGCCGCCUCAAUAGCAGCCUUCGCCGACCCCGCCGCCCUCGGGCUACCCGACCCGGGCCUCGAGCUCGACGUGUUUGGAUACACCGACAUGACCACCUAUGCGCAUAUCUGAGGAGGGGAGAGGGGCCUUUUUUUUCUUCUUUUCCUUGGCGCACGCCCACCAUCACCCACCAAAUCCCACAAAAACCCCCCACACCCCACCAAUACAUUCCAUAUUUGAAGGCAUUGGAUGCACCACGAAUUCACCACCCUUUUGGGAUUUUGUCGGCUGGGCGGUCUGCGUGCUUUUCUAUUGUAUUUUUUUUUUUUUUUUCGGCGCUUGCUUAAUGCUUGAUGGCGCAACGACGCGGGGGGAUUUCUAAUCCCGCGACAUCCUGGUCUUUGGUUUCCCACCUUUCCGCGCCCGCCACUUUUCUCUUGUUUUAUCUAGCUCGGCUCGGCGCAAAAACGUAAAGUUCAAAUGGAGGUUUCUGUCAAUUCUUAUCUGGGCUUGCUAUCUUCCGACGGAGUUCUUUUUUCUUUCCGGGUAGGGGCAAUGGAUGGGGGAGGGAGGUCCCAUUUGAUUUCCCAUUUACGACUACAUUCUCUGGGUAGUUAAGCGGUUUUCUUAGCCGGCAAACGGGUGGCACCAACAUUCAUAUUCUCAAUGUCCCUGUCUGCUGUCAUGAAUAGCCAAGGCUGCCGUUAUGGAGGCGGAUCUGCCAACAUCGUUGGAGACGGACG